AGAGCUCAGUGAACGUCAGGGUGAGAGAGAGGGAGAGCAAGUGAGAGAAAGCACGCAAUAGAGGGAGACUAUACACGCUACAGCAUCAGUAUGUGAGUACUGGUGCCUGAUAACACUAAUAUCGAGCUCCUUCAGUGGACAACUUGCUGAGCUACCUUUUUUCAUUUGCAAGAGGAUGUCAGCUCUAAGCCAGUGCAACUGUUAACAGACUUGACAUUGGAGUAGUUCAUUUUACUUAUAAUUACAUCUCUUACGUUCUGCAUCUCUGAAAAAAGGCUAAAUACAGGAGACAAAUAUUCAUCCUGUCCCCUCAGCUCACAUAGCACUGAGGAUACACAGAGUUUGAUCUUUCAGUGAAAGCUACUGAAUUGUCAGGAUUCUGAUAUCUUCAGUGGAGACUUCCAAGACUGACAGAAAAUAUAUUUCUAACCUCUUGAUUAGUCAUCAACUAGCUACACAACAAAUUCAGGACCAGAAGACAAAAAGGCAGCUGAAGUUGUAAUUCUUCAGAAGAAUUAAGACACGAAUGUCUUUGAGAAAAUGGUCGUCUGUUGAACUCUGUUGUGAAGACCUUAGAAGAUAUAUCAAUUUUUCCAGUCAGCUUUUCAUAAUGUAAAUAAAAUUUGAGCUUUCCCAAAUGGGCAGCUAAACCAUGAACAAGAAGAAAAACCCAUUUCGGACUGUAUUUCUGAACCAGGCUUCACCUUCUGUCUUGGGAACUUCCUAAAGGAUUACUUCCUAAAGGAUUACAACUGAAAGAGACAAGAGAAAGAGAAAGAAAACCUUGAACAGGAAGCUUAACCUACAAUGAGAAUUACAAGUACCUCUUGUAUCUGCCCAGUCCUAGUUUGUCUCUGUUUUGUGCAGAGGUGUUAUGGAGCUUCUCACCAUGGCUCCAUCAAGGUGACUAGAAAUCAAACCAAACACAUAGAAGGUGAAACAGAAGUACAUCAUCGUCCCAAGCGUGGAUGGGUGUGGAAUCAGUUCUUUGUUUUAGAAGAACACAUGGGACCAGAUCCUCAGUAUGUAGGAAAGUUGCACUCCAAUUCCGACAAAGGUGAUGGAUCAGUCAAAUACAUUCUUACUGGAGAAGGGGCGGGGACUAUAUUUAUUAUUGAUGACACGACUGGAGACAUCCAUUCAACCAAAAGCCUAGAUCGAGAGCAGAAGACACACUAUGUGCUUCAUGCCCAAGCUAUUGAUAGACGGACAAACAAGCCACUCGAGCCUGAAUCUGAAUUUAUUAUCAAAGUGCAGGAUAUCAACGACAAUGCACCAAAAUUCACAGAUGGACCAUACAUUGUUACUGUGCCAGAGAUGUCUGAAAUGGGUACGUCUGUUCUACAGGUGACAGCCACAGAUGCAGAUGACCCUACAUACGGAAACAGUGCCAGAGUAGUGUACAGUAUUCUUCAGGGACAGCCAUAUUUCUCUGUUGACCCUAAAACAGGAGUCAUCAGGACUGCCUUGCACAACAUGGACAGGGAAGCCAGAGAGCAUUAUUCCGUUGUCAUUCAAGCCAAAGAUAUGGCUGGGCAGGUCGGAGGGCUGUCAGGGUCAACAACUGUAAAUAUCACACUCACUGAUGUCAACGACAAUCCACCCAGGUUUCCUCAGAAACAUUAUCAACUAUAUGUUCCUGAAUCAGCUCAAGUUGGCUCAGCUGUUGGCAAAAUCAAAGCAAAUGAUGCAGACACUGGUUCAAAUGCAGACAUGAAGUACACAAUUAUAAAUGGUGAUGGCUCUGGGGUGUUCUCUAUUUCUACUGACAAAGACACAAGGGAAGGAAUUCUUUCCUUGAAGAAGCCACUCAACUAUGAAAAAAAGAAAUCAUAUACACUUAAUAUAGAAGGAGCAAAUACUCACCUUGAUUUCCGAUUUUCUCACUUGGGACCAUUCAAAGAUGUAACGAUGUUGAAGAUCAUUGUUGGCGACGUGGAUGAACCUCCACUCUUCACUAUGCCUUCCUAUGUCAUGGAAGUUUAUGAAAAUGCUGAGAUUGGGUCUGCUGUUGGUACAGUAACGGCACAAGAUCCUGAUACUGCCAACAGUUUAGUGAGAUAUUUCAUUGAUCAUAACACAGAAGAAGAUAGUUAUUUCACCAUUGAUGCUAGUACUGGGACCAUUAAGACUGCCAAGAUCUUUGACAGAGAGGAGACCCCUUGGUACAACAUCACAGUGGCUGCUUCUGAGAUAGACAAUCCUGAGCUAGUGAGCCAUGUUCCAGUUGGUGUUAGAAUCCUGGAUGUCAAUGACAACCCUCCAGAGCUUGUCAGGGAGUAUGAUGCAAUCGUCUGUGAGGAUUCAAAGCCUGGUCAGGUAAUUCAGACGAUCACUGCCACUGACAAAGAUAACUCUGCAAAUGGGGCAAGAUUCCAUUUUUCCCUUGAGGAAGGGCUUUCUUUGAAUCCCAACUUUACUCUAAGGGACAAUGAAGAUAAUACAGCCAGUAUUCUGACAAGAAGAAGGAGAUACAGUCGAACCACUCAAGAUAUCUAUUACCUCCCACUUUUGAUUUCUGAUGGUGGAGUGCCUCCUCUCAGCAGCAGCAGUACUCUCACAAUUAGGGUUUGUGCAUGUGAGAGAGAUGGACGAGUGAGAACUUGCCACGCUGAAGCUUUCCUCUCCUCAGCUGGCUUGAGCACAGGAGCUUUAAUUGCGAUCCUGCUCUGUGUCGUCAUUCUUCUUGUUUUCUCUUUAGCAAUUGUGGUCCUUUUCAUCACUCUAAGACGUAGCAAGAAGGAGCCCUUGAUCAUUUCAGAAGAAGAUGUCCGGGAAAAUGUUGUGACAUAUGACGAUGAGGGUGGUGGAGAAGAAGACACAGAAGCAUUUGACAUCACUGCACUGCGGAAUCCAUCAGCUGCUGAGGAGCUAAAAUACCGUAGGGAUAUUCGUCCUGAAGUGAAGCCUGCGGCCAGGCAUCAUCCCUCCUCAAGCCUCGACAGUAUAGAUGUUCAGGAGUUCAUUAAACAAAGACUGGCAGAGGCUGAUCUGGACCCCAGCGUGCCCCCGUAUGACUCCCUACAGACAUAUGCCUAUGAGGGUCAUAGAUCAGAAGCUGGGUCUAUCAGCUCUCUGGAUUCAGCCACAACACACUCUGACGAGGAUUAUAAUUACCUUGGAGACUGGGGACCUGAGUUCAAGAAGCUAGCUGAACUCUAUGGGGAAAUAGAAUCAGAAAGAACAACCUAGUUGUAAUUCCCAGAACAAAGAAGUUCCUAAACAAGUGGAGAUAAAAUGACAGCGACGGUAACAAAAAAUGAAGACAGAACUUGUAACAGAGCAAGUUGUAUGCGGUUACUGUAGAACAAGUGCCAUUUUCACGUUUGAAACUGGGUUCUCCAAUUUGAAGAAAGUCAAAUUUUGAAAAAUACUGAAAAAAGAAGCUAUUGUCCCUAGUGUAUAUUUUUUAAUUGCUCAAAAAGUCUGUGGUACUGUAUCUGUAACAAUACCUGAAGUAAAGCCAAGAAAAGGCAUUUUUAUUGCAAAAUGCUUAACAUCUCCAAGCUACACUAAGUUUAUGGUCAUGCCUGUUUAGGAAGAUAAAUAACAGAGGAGCAAAUCUCUUGCAGGUGGUUGUGAUGUUGCAUUUCUAGCUGUGCUCUAGGCCUUGUAAUCCCAAUAUGAGGUAGCCAACAGAGUAUGAGAAAUGCUAACGGUGUGUUUCCUUUGCAGAAGGGAUAAGCCACACCUGUCCUCUUAAAUAAACGGUCCUAUAAUGAUUUAGUUUAGCUGCAUUGAGAUGAUGUCAUUCUAUUAUGUCCUUCAUAAUCUUUUCACCCAUAACCAGCUAGGAGAUGGAGGGCACUAUUAGCUGUUAGCUCAAACAUGGCUCUGGCCCAUAGCCCCUGACUUACUCUGUAGCUAUGUCCUAGAGGAAUCAUUGUUUCCAGUGUUGUCCUUUUUGUCUUUUCACAGGAAUAUCAUUCAUUCAAUUUAAAUGGGUCCACAGUACUCUUUAUGCAGCGAAGCAGAUGAAGCAUAGACUCUUUCAAUAAAAAUAACAACAGUGACCCCAUCAAACCUUGCAGUUAUUUGGUUCACUGUGCUUCACUUAUGUCAAUAGAGAAAGCUUUCCUGGUCUUUUGCUGGUCUGAAUCCAGGAGCUAAAACAGUCAGUUUAAAACAAAGAGUUCUUAAUCAUAAUGUCUCUCUAUUUUGUGUGUGACUAGGAGCAAAAUAGAGAUGCUGGUAAGACAUUGGAAUAGGGAAAACUGAAGCAAAGAGAAUGAAAUGAUGCUUUUUGUUUUUCUUUUUAGUUUAAUCUACUGAUAUUUAAUGUCUUUUAGAGUAAUUUCCAUCUAAAAAGAGCAAGCUUUUUUCUCUAUAUUUCAAGCAUCAUGGGAACAGGAACAUUUGAAGUCAAUAGAGGAAGCAAAACUUAAAAUGUACCAUUAUUGUGGUUCCUGUGAAUUAAAUAAAUGGAUUUCUCAUGUUAGUGUCUUUUUAGCAUUGCAGAACUGCUUAACAGUUCAGCUUAAUACCUAAUCUAGCAAAUUAUUUUAUUUUCUUUUGUUUUAUUUUAAACUUUAACCAUUUCUUUGUCUUCGUUGUGAUAAUACUAUGAGAACACCAGAAACUCAUCCCAUGAAAGAUUACGACCUGUAAGAUUUACCAUCUAUUACAGUCUUCUGCUUCUAAGAAAAGUAGCUUCACUUAGGGAAGUGAACUUCUUGCGGUAUGUAUUUGAUAUGCACACUCUUCAAAGCAGAAGCUGUGUCAUGUUUCUUUACUCUCUUGGGCUGGUGUGGAGAGUGAUACAGUUCUGUGCACUCCACUGUUUUGUUUGCACCUUGAAAAUUUUAAUGUUUGCCUUUCAACAUCUGAAACCACAAGGCAAUGUAGAGGGAAAAGAAUCCCAAAUCCUAAAAUGCUCUGCUGAUGAUUUUUAAAUAGUUUAAUAAUCUGUAUUAAUUUUUUUUACCAAAUACAGAAUCUUCUAGAAGUUCAUUUAAGUAGACAUUCUCAUUGCAAAAUUAAACAGAUGCUUUAAUGUAGUAAGAAUUAUACUCAAGCUGAGAAUGGUCUAUGAACUGUCUUUUUUUUGGGGGGUAGGGUAUGUUUCAAUUUUGGCCUGAAUGAACCAACUAGUAAUGCAGGAUUUUAUGAGUAUAAAUUAGAUUUAGAUUGCACUUGCUUUGUGUCAACAUCUUAAUUUUUCUAUUGUAUGAGUUGAGUGCUAAGAAGAAAAUCUUUCAGCAGUAGUAGUACUAUGGGCCAUAAUACUUUGUACCACAUUUGCUUGAAAACUGCCUUAGUUGUUGUAUUACAGUUUUGAGAGCCAGGUAUUAGUUAUAUUUAUAUCUGUUCCCACUGGCCCUACACCAAAACAGGGAAAAUCAAUUGCAUUUUGUGCUUCAAACAGUGUUCCCACCAUUGUUUUCUUUUUAUUCUCGUCAUAGAAUAUUUAGGCUUAAAGCCAACAGAAGUACAGUGACGUAAGCAAAGAAUCACUCCUUAACACUCAUGUUCUGAUUCAUUUAAUUAGAGAAGGAGGUCAUAUCUCAGAGAAAUAAGAAUCCCCUUUUUCUCCAUUCCUGUUGCACUCUUUGCACAGCAUAUGCAUUGUAGCCACAGCCCCAAGAAUUCUGUAUCCUUUAAAACUCUUCAGGGUUGUCAAGACACUGCUUCAGUGAUGCUACAGUGUGUCCUCUUUGGUAUGUCCUGUUCACCGUGAUCACCAUAUGUGCUUUUCUACCACAGUACAUCUGCAUGCUUUUAUGUUUACUGUUUUAAUUCAAAUACACAUCACAGUGCUGUGUUGUUUGCACUACAACUAGCAGAACACUAAAUCUUCAGGGCCACUGAAAAAGCCUCAUGGUGCAGAAAGAACAGGUUUACAGAUUUCUUUUCCUGAUCCUACAUUUUUUUCUUUUGCUCCUUUUGUGUCCUAGAAACAGAUUUAAAAUAUAUUUGAGAAUUUCUAUGUUAACUUUGAUUAAACCAGAAGAAAAUUAACACCGUAUACCAUGAAGGCCAUGAACAUUUUGUGGCACUGCCGAUUUAACAAAGUAUACAUUCAGUGAAAGUAUCAUGGGAAAUUCUUUCCUACUUUAUGGUUAAGUCCGAUUAUAUAGACUUUGCAUAAAGCUUUCAUGAAUCUUUUGUGUGCUCAUAUUCUCGAAUAUCUUCCUACUAGACUAAAUAGUAACUCUGUUGCCACUUAACAACUGAACACAGAAAACUGCCAGUUUUACUUAAGCUGGAAGAUACUGAGUGAAGUUAAAUGGCACAUACCAAGUGAUGCCUAAGGGCUUUCUGAUUUACAAUGUUAUUUCUGCAACAGCUAUUCAACUAAUAGUACAUUUACACCAAAUUAAUUAGUUGCAUUCCUUCAAACAAACCCUCUUUCUUGUAAUGGUGAGGGCACUCAGUAUGCUGUAAUCUUGACACAUCAUUGGAGAAGAUGGUCUGCAUAAGUACUUUAAAAUGGAAAAAUUUAUUGUCAUCCUAAACCAAAUCAAAAUUAUAAUGUAAUACACUUUCAAGAUAGGGAAGAGCUUGAAGUCUACUGCCAUUAGAUUAAGAUUCCUACACUGAAAACAAAUGAAUUUAUCAGUGUUGCCAUUUAUUACACACACAGACAAAACUGUAAAAUUUCAAGCAAUUUCACUCUGUUAUGCACUUUAUUUUUGCAUUCUUCUUUGAAAAUCAAAUAAUUGUAAACAUUUUUGGGUUUGAAUUCUAAUUGAUGCAGUUAUUUAUGUUGUGGAUACUGCAAGAAAAUGUUUAUGUAAAAAUAUUCUCACUGCUUUUAAAAGAUAUUACAAAAUUUUUUGUGGUUGAAGGCUUUGUAAAAUCAUCCUGUAAAAAAUCUAAAUAUUGGACCAGUGUGGAGAUAACCAAACUCAUAGACUCACAUGAAGGGUAACAAAGGAAAUGUUCUAAAUGCAGAGAAGAAUAUGAAAUUAUACUGCCUAGGGUUACUUUGUGGAUUAUAAUGUUCUAAGACCUUGUACUUGCAGUACAUAUAAAUGACACAGUGUGUUCUAAGGACCAUUAGGAGUGUGUUGCAAGUAUUUGGCCAUCCUUAUUUUUCCAAAGUCUCCAAAAAUAUAUAUUUUUUUUUAACAAGAGAGUGAUGUAAAGUAUACCUCCUUAUGCAAGUGUUACUGACAGAAAUUGUUACAUUUUCUUUUAAUAAACAAAAGGGACAAAAAUCUUUUAUUCGUAUUUUUCAAAUAAAAUAUGCUCUUUGCUAUGG